AUGGUUGGCUUCAGCUUGGGUAAGAGCACCCUGUGUCUGAUGCUAGGUGCAUCUAUGGUAGUCGCAGUUGACCCAAGUCCUGCUGAUAAGAAGUUCUGGGACGACAAGUGCAAAGCCAAACAUGGGCAACUAUACUCGAUGGUAUUCGACAGCAAUGGGAAACCAACUACCACUUGCAGAGCGCCGCCCUUUAAAGGAUGCUACUGGGGCCCUUACACGAACCCGAAGACCAACCAACCAGGCUGCUGCGAGAAAGGAAACGGAGAAUUCUCCACUGAUCCUAUUGCUACCCUGGAAGGAGGCUGUUGUGUAAAGCCUCAGAAGUAUUCUUUCGAUGUUGGUGCCAAUCAAGGAGGAUGUUGCCCCCAGGGCCAGCAUCUGUCAUGGGAUACUUCCGUACAGCCUCUGCUCAGGGAUGGGAAGUGCUGUGAUCCUGGCUUCGAUACCAGCGUCGACAAGGCGACCAAGCAGAGCUACUGCUGUCCUCAAGGUCUUUCCUAUGUCUCUGACCCCGCCACCCUGAAGGGAGAUUGUUGCGAACCUGGCAAAAUUUUCUCCAUUGAUGCCGGCACUGGCAAGGGCGAGUGUUGUGAUAAUGGCCACGUAUACAGCAUAGACGCCUCGACUGGAAAGGGGUCAUGCUGCGCUGCAAAUGCGGAGUUCAAAUGUGACUGCAAAUGCACUCCGAAGCCUCCGGUUGAUUACAAUCCUGAAUGCCCCAAGAACCACCUGCAGAUCAUUGAGAAUGGUGGCAAAAAAUGGAAGAUAUUCUGCGAAUUGAUCAAUCACGGUGCGAACGACAUUAGCAUAACGCCCAACGUCCCCAACCACGGUCAAUGUAUCAACAACUGUGCUAAGGACUCUAAGUGCGUGAGAGCUAUCUACAACGCAAACAUCAAGACUUGUUAUCUCCGCACUCAUGGAAACAAGGAGGACGCAAAGACUCCCGGCGGCUACGCCAGUGCGCAUCUGAUUGAGGACAGCAAUAAUGCAAAUACUGCUGCCCCCCCUCAGAGUAGUCCGCCAGCCACUGCUCCUCCUGCCACCAGUCCCCCGGCCUCCAACCCGCCACCUUCCAGUCCUCCAACAACCAAUGUCCCAAGCACUGACGCCCCGUCAACUGCUCCACCACAAAGCAGCGGCUCUCCCGGUGAUAUUGGUGACCCUAAGCACUGCCCCGAUGUUGGAAACCGACAUGUUGAUGUGGGCGGGGUCAUGUACGAGAUUCAGUGCACUAAAGGAGUAUCUGAGAACUUCCCAGACUACAGAGUUGCCUCAGCAGCGGAUAUCGGUGAGUGCGCUGCGCUCUGUACCGCCGAUCCCAAGUGCCAGGGAGUGAACUUCUACGAUGAUGGUGGAAGCGAUGGCUGCUUGAUGAUGUCUGAGCACGAGUAUCCAGCCACUGGCACCCCGAGGCCCGGGGAUAACCUGAUAUCUGCUGUUCCGAUCAAGAAACGUUGA